CGACUGCAUUUUCCCUCGUAUUUUAUUUAUUCCCACCAAAAAGAAAUGGAAAUAAAUGUCGGGAAAGAAUAAACGGAUAAAAAACUGUCACGGGACACCCGCCGAAGAUUUAAAUUUUUAACUGCAACGGUCACCAUUUCCGAUGCCAUCUAAACUCUACAAAAAGCAGAGCACUGGAAACGAAAAGGAAAACAGAGCAAAACAACGGUCACAAAACAAAGAAUCCGAAUCCAGGACGGAGAGAAAAGGAAAAAGGGAGAUCAGAUGUCGAAUAAUAAGAAGAGGAAACAAAGGGGAAACGAAGAUGGAGGAGGAGAAGAAAGAGAGGGAUUUCUGAGCUCAAAUUGCAGAGUGGUGGAGUAUCUUCAGCCUUUGAUGUCGAAGGAGCUACUGGUAAAGUUCCCGGACAACUCCGCUUUCGAUUUUAACUACUUGGAGAGCUCUAUAUGGUCGCCUCUGGUCCCUCGAAUCCACAAUUUUGGAGGUGGGUUCCAGUCUGAUUUGGAGAACAGAGGCGAGAGGCCAAGGAAGAAGAUGAAGGUGAAGAAAAUGGUGGUGGCAGGGGAAGAAGAGGAGAAAAGCAGUGCUUUGUGUAACUUUAAUUUCGGAUUGACGAAGAUGAAGAAGAAGAAGAUGACGGAAGGGAUAAUGGUGGACUCUGUUUUCUCUUCAAAUUAUGUUGAGGGCUCUGUUUCCUGUGUCCCGCUGGCUACUAAGGGGUGGAGUAAGGUGCUGAAAGCUGCCACAAAGCAUUUCAAGAAUAGCAAGAAGAGGAGAGAUUCUCAUGUCAGGCUGUGCAACUACUUGGGCAAAUUCCCUGAAGAAUUGUGAAUUCUUCCCCUCUGAAUUUGCAUAGGGGAAUUGCUAGACUAGCUAAGAUUAAUUGAUCCAUCUGUAUAACAAUUACUACUGUCAGCGAAAUCUAUCUCUUCCACUCUUUUUUUACUUUGCCAAUUCUAUUUAUGAUUCAAUGUUCUAUGUUGUUAGCCAGUGUCCUUUCUGGAGAAGACAAGCAAUUAGCAAGUGCUACUUUGACCAAUCUCCGAUAACAGAGAAGCAAGAAGGAACUAAAUAAAUCGUGGCCGGAAUGUGAUUGACUAUUGAAUAUUGAUAUGUUCCAAAAGGCUCAACCUAUAGUUUGAAUUGAAUUUCUUGUUUAUAUGUGUUUUUCUAUUAAUAGAUAGGAGGAUAUGAA